CUCUCUGCACGAAGACGUUCAUAAGCCACAGAAAUUAAAAAAAGAAAGAAAAAAAAAAUCUGCCUUAACAGCAACAAUUUCAUCAAAUAUGCAAUUCAUCAGUUUUCUAGCUUCAUCUCUACUUUAACAUACUCUCGAAGUCAACAAGUCAACCAUAUUACUCUUCUUCACCCAGAAAAAUCUACCCCAGGUGAAUUUUCUUGCUUGGUUUUGUUUCAUUUAAACUAAGUUGUGUCUUGGGUAUGGAAAAAAGUGCAUGUGGACCAUAGAGAAAAGAGUGGAAGAAAUGGAAUCCUUAAUUCUGGUUUCUUGUACAACAAACACAGUCUGGAUGUUCUGUUAAAAAUAUGGCUAAGCUUCCCCCUCUUGAAGAGCCCCUUUUGAAUGGUGACUCUAGUGUAAGCAACAAUUCAGACCUCAGUAAGACUAGAGGAAAUGGAAAGAUAACCAGUUAUUCAAAGGCUGGAUAUUUCAGCAUUCUUACUUUCUCAUGGAUCAGUCCAUUAAUAACUCUAGGCAAUGAGAAAACUUUAGACCAUGAGGACCUCCCACUUCUUGCUACUGAUGACAGUGCCUAUGGGGUUUAUCCAACUUUUAGAAGCAAACUUGAGUCAGAGUGUGGUAGUGUUAGGAAUGUGACCACACUUAAGUUAGUGAAGGUGUUAUUCUUGUCAACAUGGCAAGGGAUACUUUUAUCAGGUUUUUUUGCAUUCCUAUACACAUGUGCUUCUUAUGUUGGACCCUUUUUAAUUGACAUUCUUGUUCAAUUCCUCAAUGGGAAACACGAGUUUAAAAGUGAAGGUUAUGUUUUGGCUUUAGCAUUUGUUGCUGCAAAGCUUGUGGAGUGUCUUUCACAAAGGCACUGGAUGUUUAGGUUCCAGCAGGUUGGGGUUAGGAUGCAAUCAAAGUUGGUGGCAAUGAUCUAUGCUAAAGGAUUGACUCUUUCAUGUCAAUCGAAGGAGGUUAGCAGCACUGGGGAAAUCAUCAACUUAAUGACUGUUGAUGCCGAAAGGAUUGGUGAAUUUUGUUGGUACAUGCAUGAUCCAUGGAUGUGUGUCUUGCAAGUUACUUUGGCCUUGUUAAUUCUCUAUAGAAGUGUAGGGGUUGCUUCAAUAGCUGCUCUUGCCGCCACUGUUAUUGUGAUGUUGCUAAACCUUCCCUUGGCAUCAUUGCAAGGAAAGUUCCAAGGCAAGGUAAUGGAGUUCAAAGAUAAAAGAAUGAAGGCUACAUCUGAGACUCUGAACAAUAUGAGGAUUCUAAAGCUUCAGGCAUGGGAGAUGAAGUUCUUAUCAAAGAUUAUUGAUCUUAGAAAAAGUGAGGAGGUAUGGCUAAAGAAAUUCUUAGCUGGUACAGCAUUUGUUAGAAUUCUCUUCCAUAAUGCCCCAACUUUCAUUGCCGUGGUUACGUUUGGUUCUUGUGUGCUUAUCGGAAUCCCACUUGAAUCAGGGAAGGUCUUAUCUGCACUUGCAACAUUCAGAAUUCUUCAAAUGCCCAUCUACAGUCUUCCUGACACGAUUUCAAUGAUUGCACAAACUAAGGUUUCCCUUGACAGGAUUGCAUCAUUUCUUCGUCUGGAUGAGUUGAAGACUGAUGUAGUAGAGAAGCUUCCAUGGGGUAGUUCUGAUAAGGCAAUUGAAUUAGUAGAUGGUAAUUUCUCGUGGGAUUUAUCUUCCCCUAAUACAACAUUGAAAGACAUAAAUCUGACAGUUUUUCAUGGUAUGAGGGUUGCUGUAUGUGGUACUGUUGGAUCAGGCAAGUCUAGUUUACUUUCUUGUAUGAUAGGGGAAGUACCAAAGAAAUCUGGGACCCUGAAGAUAUGUGGAACAAAGGCUUAUGUGUCUCAAUCGCCAUGGAUACAGAGUGGCAAGAUAGAAGAUAACAUAUUAUUUGGUAAAGAGAUGGAGAGGGAAAAGUAUGAGAAGGUGCUAGAAGCAUGUUCCUUGACAAAAGACCUUGAGGUUCUACCAUUCGGUGAUCAGACCAUUAUUGGAGAAAAGGGAAUCAAUUUGAGUGGUGGACAGAAGCAAAGGGUACAAAUAGCCCGUGCUCUAUACCAAGAUGCUGAUAUAUAUCUCUUUGAUGAUCCCUUCAGUGCUGUGGAUGCUCACACAGGAUCCCAUCUCUUUAAGGAGUGCUUGCUUGGCCUUUUGAAAUCAAAAACUGUGAUGUACGUAACUCAUCAAGCAGAGUUCUUACCUGAUGCUGAUCUAAUAUUGGUCAUGAGAGAUGGAAGGAUAACUCAAUCAGGAAAAUACAAUGACAUUCUCCAGACAGGCACUGAUUUUAUGGAACUUGUAGGUGCACACAAAGCAGCUUUAUCUUCAAUUAAGUCCUUGGAGAGAAGGCCAACAUUUAAAACAUCAAGCACCACCAAAGAGGACACAAAUUCAUUAAGUGAUUUUGAACUUGAGCAUAAUGUGGAAAACAUAUAUGAUCAAAAUGAUAAGUUAGAUGACACAGUUGAGGCCAAAGGACAACUUGUUCAAGAAGAAGAACGGGAAAAGGGUAGAGUUGGGUUUAAAGUAUACUGGAAAUACAUCACAACAGCUUAUGGAGGAGCUCUUGUGCCAUUCAUUUUACUUUCACAGACACUCACUGUGGCUUUUCAGAUUGCAAGCAAUUAUUGGAUGACUUUGGCAACUCCUGUUUCAGCAACUGAUGAAACUGAUAUUGGAAGCUUUACACUUAUGGUUGUCUAUGUUGCUUUGGAAAUUGGAGGUUCCAUUUUCACCUUUGCCAGAGCAUUUCUUGCUGUGAUAGCUGGAUACAAGACAGCCACUAUUCUCUUCAAUAAAAUGCAUUUGUGCAUUUUUGGAGCACCAAUAUCAUUUUUUGAUGCCACCCCAAGUGGCCGAAUCCUUAAUAGAGCUUCAACAGACCAAAGUGCACUAGAUAUGAACAUUUCAAAUUUAGUGUGGGCAAUUGCCUUCAAUCUGAUUCAAUUCAUGGGAAAUAUUUUUGUGAUGUCUCAAGCUGCAUGGCAGGUGUUUGUAGUUUUGAUUCCUGUCAUGGCAGCAUGCAUAUGGUACCAGCGAUACUAUUCUGCAUCAGCAAGGGAAUUGGCUCGAUUAGUUGGUACGUGCCAAGCUCCUGUUAUACAACAUUUUUCUGAAACAAUUUCUGGAUCAACAACCAUAAGAAGUUUUGAGCAAGAAUCAAGAUUUAAUGACAUAAAUAUGAAAUUGAUAGACAGAUAUUCCCAACCCAAAUUAUACAGUGCUACUGCAAUUGAAUGGCUGAAUUUCAGAUUGGAUAUUUUAUCCACUCUCACAUUUGCCUUCUGUUUGGUUUUCUUGAUAUCUUUUCCAAAUUCAGUGACUGCUCCUGGCAUCGCGGGUUUGGCUGUGACAUAUGGACUUAAUCUAAACGCUCUACAAUUUAAUAUAAUCUGGUUCCUUUGUAAUUUGGAGAACAAAAUUAUAUCCGUUGAAAGAAUACUUCAGUACACAACCCUUCCUAGUGAAGCUCCUCUUGUGAUAAAAGACAACAAACCGGAUUAUUCAUGGCCAUCAUUUGGAGAGGUUCAUAUCCGGGAUUUACAGGUUCGAUAUGCUCCUCAUUUGCCUAUUGUUUUAAGAGGUCUUACUUGCACUUUUUCUGCUGGAGCAAAAACUGGCAUUGUGGGAAGAACAGGAAGUGGAAAAACAACUCUAGUGCAAGCACUUUUCCGACUUAUUGAACCUGUUGCUGGACAAAUAUUGAUAGACAGCAUUAACAUAUCUUUGAUUGGAAUUCAUGAUUUGCGAUCUAGACUAAGCAUUAUUCCUCAAGAUCCUACAAUGUUUGAAGGGACUGUGAGAACCAACCUGGACCCACUGGAAGAGUACACAGAUGAAAAGAUUUGGGAGGCUCUUGAUAUGUGCCAACUUGGAGAUGAAGUAAGGGAAAAAGAAGGGAAGCUUGAUUCUAAAGUAACUGAGAAUGGAGAAAAUUGGAGUAUGGGUCAAAGGCAAUUGGUCUGCCUUGGCCGUGUUCUACUCAAGAAAAGCAAGAUCUUGGUGCUUGAUGAAGCUACUGCAUCGGUUGAUACAGCCACAGAUAAUAUUAUUCAGCAAACUGUUAAGCAACAUUUUUCAGAAUGCACAGUCAUUACCAUUGCUCAUAGGAUAACUUCAAUUAUCGAUAGUGACAUGGUGCUGUUUUUAAAUCAAGGGUUGAUUGAGGAAUAUGAUUCACCAAAGAAACUGCUUAAGAAUAAAUCCUCAUCUCUAGCUCAACUAGUUGCAGAAUACACAAGGAGGUCCAACUCUGGUUUUGGAAGUUAAAUUGAAGCUGAAUUGAAAUUACCCUAAAACCAGAAAUAUUUAUGGUCAACCAAAUAGAUUUCAAUCAUUCUUAGGAAUGGUGAUUUCCAAGAUUUAUGAUUCUCGGAUAUAAAAAAAAAAUCUGUGUACCAAACACUUCCUUCAUGUGUUACUGUCUUACCUUACUGGACUUAGGCAAAGGUUUUAGUCGUUCCUCUUUAUAAUAGCCUCGCUGAGACUUGUUUGAGACUCACUCUUAGGAUAAUUUAUGAAUUGUGAUGCAGAUUAUUGCAAUGUUAACGAUCUGAGUGCAAUCUUAGCACCUGUUUAUAAACUCAUCCAAAGUUGGCUUUGGAAAAUCUUGCUUUGAUAUGUGUUUUUGAUGGGGUUAUUUUAUGAUAUUUGUAGGGGAUAUUUUAUGAGGGUUAUUUUAUAGGGUUAUUACACAAA